GUGCAAAUGAAUGAACCUGAAGAUAGCUGUUGAUUUGACAUAUACUUAAAAAGUUGACGUAAAGAGAUAAAAAGUUCUUUUCUUGUAGCUGUCCCAAGUGGCAUCUUGCUUCGUUUAUCGUAACCCUAUAUAAGCGUAAAGAUGUCGGGAGGAAUUGAUGUUUUAAGUCUACGAGAGGAUGAUGUUACCAAAAUGUUGGCCGCUGGUACUCAUCUCGGUACCGCAAAUGUUGACUUUCAGAUGGAACAGUACGUUUAUAAGCGGCGUCCUGAUGGUACUCGUAUCAUAAAUUUGCGUAAAACCUGGGAGAAACUUUUGCUUGCAGCACGUGCUAUAGUUGCUAUUGAACAUCCAGGUGAAGUGUUCGUUAUUUCAUCACGUUCUUAUGGCCAACGUGCCGUUCUUAAAUUCGCCGCUCACACCGGAGCCACCCCUAUAGCCGGAAGAUUUACUCCUGGUGCUUUUACUAAUCAGAUCCAGGCUGCUUUCAGAGAACCUCGUCUCUUGAUUGUUACUGAUCCAGCUUUUGACCACCAGCCAAUUACUGAGGCUUCUUACGUAAACAUUCCCGUUAUUGCCUUGUGUAAUACAGAUUCACCACUUAGAUUUGUUGACAUUGCCAUUCCUGGAAACAACAAGUCUGCACAUAGUAUUGGUUUACUUUGGUGGCUCUUGGCUAGAGAGGUGCUUCGCCUUAGGGGUACCAUUCCACGUGACACCAAAUGGGACGUUGUUGUUGAUCUAUUCUUCUAUCGUGAAUCGGAAGAAGCUGAAAAAGAAGAACAAGCAGCGAAAGAAGCAACAUCUGCUGUUGUUAAACCUGCAGAAAUUGUUGCACCAGUUCAUGAACCCCAAGAUAUGAACUGGAACGAGAGUGAACCUACUGAUUAUACAGCAGAUAUUGCUCCAGUACCUGCUGCACCAGCUUAUAACGUAGGCGCAAAACCAGAUUGGGCAGCUGAAGUUGCACAAGAACAAUGGCCAGGUGGAGCAACAGAAGCACCAAACUGGGCUAGUUCCUCUGAAUGGAAAUAAAUGAGUUGGCAUUGUUUGUAAUGCACUGUUUUUAAUAAAAUUGAUAUCGACCAA